AUGAAUGUCAACUGGAAAGAGGCAAUACUUCAAGCGCAGAAAAAAAUCGAUCAAGUGCUAGACAUUCGGCCUGAAACAUUGGAGGAUGAUAAGUUGGAAACGGAAAAACCGGAAGAAUUGAGCAAUGAAGACUGUUCGUCUCCUUCGCAAAGCUCUGAUCAGCUGGUAGAUGAUAUUGUUAUGUUAGAGCCAGUUUUGCCACCUUUUCUAAAUAAUCGAUACAUCGGGGAUGAUAUUCAAACGAUUAUUUCAUCUGAUAUUGAGCACUUGACUAGAGCUUCGUCACGAACGGUGUCUCCGGAGCGGUUGAAACUACCAUCAGAAUUAGAGAGGGACAUUUCGUCUCAUCCAGCGAGUCCGGUACACACAUCUGCUGCUAAUUUAGAAGUGACAUUACCGAAUCCUGAGGACAUCUUGAACCAAGCAAUCUAUGGUCUCCGAAGAGAAUUAACAGAGUACAAAAAAGCCAAUCAAAUUUUGCAAGUCAGCCAUGCUAACCUGGAACGAGAGCUGGAAGAGAAUCGAUUCACAAUGAAUGAGAAGCUUGUGAAUAUGCUGAAUGAAGAAAGAGAAAACUCAAACCAGGAAAUUUCACAGUUGAAACUCACAUGUUCGCAAGCCAUUGCAGAAAAAUUGGAGAUGGAAGAGAAAUAUCGAAUAGUUGAGACUCAAGUAGCAGCAACAAAAAAAUCUCUGAAUUAUCUUAAAAACCAGAUGUCACACAUUAAAAGAAAUGUGACAGAAUCAGGAAAUUCGUUUGCAUCCGAUUUCGAAUCGUUUGGAGCAGAAAUUCGCCGCACAUUGAACAACCAAGUGAAGCGGAAGAAAAGCGAAUAUCUCAUGAACCAAGUUGCAAAGCACUCUUGUAACUGUGCAAAAGUAAAUCAAGAAGAUUCGAAUACUCAUAUAAAGCAAGACGGGUCAUCACAAACAGAUUGGGAAUACCACGGGAACCAAGACACUCACGAACUGAAGGAGAAGUCGAAGCAGACGGAAAACAGAAACAGUGGGAAUGUGACUGAUCUCCUUCAAAUAAUUGAGCAAUUAGAAGUAGAGAAAAGGCAAUUGCUUGCCCAAAAAAGAAGUGACAAGUACGCAAUAGAGGUGAGAGUGCCAUCUUUCAAUGGAACUAAUUCAUUCAACAACAGAAGUGAAGCCAUAACUGCCCAAAGAAAUAUUUUGAAUAAAAGUUUUAGAAAAUUUUUCUUACAGAAACUCAACGAGCAGCUGAAUGAGACGCUGAUAAUGCACGGCGAAAAAAUCGAACAGCUCGAUGAAGUCAUUGUCGAUAACGAAGAAUUGAAAAGCAUUCUGAAACAACAAGCACUUGCUCUUACCAUGUAA